UUUCCGCCCACUCCCCCCUCCCCCCGAGCGCCGCUCCGGCAGCACCGCGCUCGCUCUGAGCUCCGUGCUCCUAAGCUAGUGCCACCGUUGUCUCCCUCCAGUCGCCAUCAUGAUCAUCUACUGGGACCUCAUCAGCCAUGAUGAGAUGUUCUCCGACAUCUACAAGAUCCGGGAGGUCGCGGACGGGCUGUGUCUGGAGGUGGAGGGGAAGAUGGUCAGUAGGACAGAGGGUAACAUUGAUGACUCGCUCAUUGGUGGAAAUGCCUCCGCUGAAGGCCCCGAGGGUGAAGGUACCGAAGGCACAGUAGUCACUGGUGUGGAUAUUGUCAUGAACCAUCACUUGCAGGAAACCAGCUUCACAAAAGAAGCCUACAAGAAGUACAUCAAAGAUUACAUGAAGUCAAUCAAAGGGAAGCUUGAAGAACAGAGACCAGAAAGAGUAAAACCUUUUAUGACAGGGGCUGCAGAACAAAUCAAGCAUAUCCUUGCUAAUUUCAAAAACUAUCAGUUCUUUAUUGGUGAAAACAUGAAUCCAGAUGGCAUGGUUGCUCUGCUGGACUACCGCGAGGAUGGUGUGACCCCGUAUAUGAUUUUCUUUAAGGAUGGUUUAGAAAUGGAAAAAUGUUAACAUAUUUGGCUGUUUGGAUCUGUCACCUGCUCGUCAUAACUGGCUGGCUGCUGCUGUUCAUCCACACGACACCAGGACUUAGACAAAUGGGACUGAUGGCAUCUUGAGCUCUUCGUUUUGAUGUUGAUUUGUUUGGAGCGGAGGCAUUGAUUUGAGGAAAAAAAAAACAUGUCAUGUAGGUUGUCUAAAAAUAACAUGCAUUUAAACUCAAAAAAAAAAAAAAAAAAAGAAGUGGGAGCCAAAGUGGGAGCCAAAGUGACUACCCCUGGAGCUGCUGCAGGCACAAGAGGCACCAUGUCCUGCUUGGACUUCACAACAGUCUAGAGACCUGAAACUGAAAUUAACCAGACAAAGGCCAGGAUAAUGAAGCAGAUGACAUCUGUUGUAGACAGCUUUCCCAAGAUUCAGGACCAGAUGAAUCAUCUAAUGUCAUCCACUUAAUAAGUCAUAUGAAAAAGCAAAUAACUGCUAUGAAUGACCUAAUACCAAGUCUUGGAGAAAUACUAAAAGGAAAAAUGAUAGCUAGACAUCUGGAGAUGAUUGACCACUCCUAUAAGAUUCUAACUAAUGAAGAUUUAUGAACUUCUCUUAUUUUGAAUGCCACUGAGGACCUGCUUCCUAGAUGACUCCUUGUUGCUCAUAUAUGGCCAUAAACUUGCUAAAAGCGUACGUUUCACACAGCCACCUCUUUCCCUCCUCUGUGGGACAUGACUCUCUGGGAAUGAGCCUUCCCAGCACAGAGGAAGUUGAAGCCAAUGACAGAUAACCAAAUGGUUGAUCAUUGAUGCCUCCCAAAGAAAGAUCUUGAUCAAAAGGGGGAAACAUGAAAGAAAAAUAAAUAUGGAGUAGGUAUUGCUAAGAGAGGUCUCUAAAAUGGACCUGGGAGGACACUGAGGAAAUAGGACUUAUGCAUGUCUCAACCUGGAUGGAAUCUGAACUUCUGACCACUUAUUAAUCUUAACACAGGCAUCCAGAACAUUUGCCAGAAACUCAAGAUACUUAUUGACGUUACCCUAAACAAACUAGUGACGGCCUAUUCCUUAAGAACAAAUGUUUCCUUAUUUGUGUCAGUCAAUCACAAUUCUCACCAGACAACUCUAACAACCUUGUGGCUUUUGUCUUUAUAAGCCUCUGACUCAUGUCUUCUCCUGAGCGCUCUUUUGGUUUUUACCCAAAUCUGUGUCUCCUGAAUUGCAAUUCUUGUUUUUUUUAAAUUUUUAUUUAUUUAUUUAUUUAUUUUUGGCUGCUUUGGGUCUUCAUUGCUGCACGUGGGCUUUCUCUAGUUGCAGUGAGCGGGGGCUACUCUUCGUUGUGGUGCACGGGCUUCUCAUUGCAGCGGCUUCUCUUGUUGUGGAGCGCGGGCUCUAGGCGCGCAGGCUUCAGUAGUUGUGGCUCAUGGGCUCUAGAGCGCAGGCUCAGUUGUGGCGCACGGGCUUAGUUGCUCCAUGGCAUGUGGGAUCUUCCCAGACUGGGACUCAAACCCAUGUCUCCUGCAUUGGGAGGCUGAUUCUUAACCACUGUACCACCAGAGAAAUCCCUGAAUUGCAGUUCUUAACACCCCAAAUAAAGGUCUUUAUUCUUUGCA